AUGGAUUCGGACGCGUCUGCAUCGCCGCGGGUGAGCAUUGACAAUCCACCAGUGCCAGACUCGGUCCACUCGUUCAUUCGAGUCCAAGUCGUGGAGGCGCGAAAUCUCAUGGGCAAGGAUGUCGGUGGUACGUCCGACCCGUACGCCGUGCUCGAACACGGCGCCUACCGAUACAAGACGGUCGUCGUGUGGAAGUCGCUCAAUCCGGCCUGGCAUGAAGAGUUUCUCAUCCCGCUGGACGAGCGCUCGAAAGAGCUCAAAUUGACCAUCUGGGACAAGGACUUUGGUGUCAAGGACGACUUUCUGGGACAGCUGAUGAUUCCUCUAGAGAAAAUCCCUCGCGAAACUUCACAUUCCUUUGUACCUUGGGACGAAUGGCAUGCGGUUCAAAAGCGCACGGCCAAGUCUUCUGUGCGAGGCGACAUUCAUCUUCGCCUGUCCAUUUACGAAGACGACCGCGCCCAAAGCUCUGGUGCGGAUUCGAGCUCCCUCUUCCAUUCAGAGAGUUCUCAAAACCUCCCGUUGGUCUCCGCCGCGAGUGUGCCUCUCUUGGACCUCAGCCCGAAGACUGUCGCUCCAAAGACAACGCCCGCCGCCUCGGCACCCGUCACCCCGGCCGUCCCGCUGCUGGCUCAACCUCCGCGCUCCCCACACCUUUCUGGAUCUUCAUCCGCCAGCGAACUUUCGUCGCUCAUUUCUAAGAGCACUUCGCGAGGCUCAGUCUCAGGCAACAAGGCCAAGCCGGAAAAUGGAGACUCCAGCGACGAAGACGACGAUUUGACAACAGUCAACAUGCCGCCCAAGUUCAUGCUGCAGGUUCGUGUGAUUGAGGCCCGCGGUCUCAAAAAGCACCUCGAAAUGAAGGCGAUUGAUUCGUACGUCAAGGUGAAGGUUGGCUCCGUCAAAGAGCGCACGGCUGUCGUCAAGGACUCUGCUGAGCCCAAGUGGAACGAGGAGUUUACGUUGGCCGUGACCGAUCCAUCGGCACAGGUGCUCAAGAUUUUUGUGUGUCACAAGUUUUUCAGCGAUCUCAUCCGCGACAGGACGCUCGGCUGCCUGCGCAUUCCGCUCACCACCGUGGCACGCGUGAGCUCCAAGGCGAGAUCGAGCGGAAGCAUGAGUGCCGAGGGAGCUCCAGCAGACGCAGCUCUGGGGCCGGAUCCAGCGGCGGCAGCAGCGGGAGCUCCCGCGACAUCGAUCAUGGCGACCUCGCAAGUGUCAUUGGCAUCUCUGGCAGCGGAUGCAUCCACCUCCAGCUCCUCCAGCACCGUUUCGCAAGUACCCGAGCCAAAAUGGCAAACGCUUGAAAAGCGCUCAGCCUUGUCCAUUGCAAGCGGCGAGCUGCGCUUGCAGUUGGUUUUGCAGCCAAUCUUGGCCGGUGUCAACGCGCCGCUCGCGCCCCUGUCACCAACCACGGUGCGCUUUAAUUCGGUCGCGCUGCCGUCACCCCUGGCCCUCGAAGCCCCGCCGUCCAGCCUCAGCGCCUCCGCAGGUGCCGGGGAGGCGGACGAUGCCCAGGCGGCGGAUCUUCCUCCGGGACCAGUGUCGUGCGGUUGCGCCUCCCAUUACGAGCUGCCGCUUGUCGACGAGACCUUCCAGAUCCCCGUUACUCGACUGUACACUUUGCUGUUUUCGGACGAGUCCAACUUUUUGCCCUCCUUGUACCAGCGCGAAAAUUAUGAGAACGUCUCGAUCGAAAAGUGGGCUCCAGGCGAGAAUGGGCAACAGACCCGCAAGAUUGUGUACAUCAAGCCCCUUCCUCCCCAGCCGAUGGCUCCGAAAACGGCCAAGUGCAUCGAAACCCAGGUUGAAGCCAAGAAUGAAAAAGCAAUCAAAGUCGUGGAGGUCACGACCUCGACUCCAGAGGUGCCGCAGGGUACAACCUUCCUCACGCUGUUAAGAUACUGCAUGACAAGCGAGUCUCCUCGAUCGUGCAAGCUCACUGUCACCUUCGAGGUCAAGUUUGUCAAGAGCUCGCUCGUGAAAGGCAUGAUCAAGAAGAGUACCGUCGAAGGAGUCAAGCUCACGUUCAAAGCGUUUGUUGAGCACAUCCGAAACUCGCUCCCCAAGUCCGCGGCUGGAGCCGCACGCCCAGCCGCCUCGCCUGCGGCCGCUACCCCGUCCACGGCAGCUCCGGCCUCACCUACCGCGCGAGCGUCGGCACCGCAAGCCAUCUCGACAGUGACGGCUGGCAUCGCCGGCUUGCUGCUGCUCAUCUUGCUCAUUCUGCUCCUGCUGUGGAUUCGGCUUGGGUCGAUUGAAACGCAACUUUCUGAAUUGCGACUCGAUCUUGCCCGCCAUGCACCUGGUUCGGCCCCUUCUUCUGGAAUUGUGCAUCCGCCGCACGGUGAGAUCUAA